AUGGCUCCGUACGAGAUGCUUUACGGUAGAAAAUGUCGAACCCCGGUGUGUUGGGAUGAGGUUGGUCCACGUGAGCUUGCACAUAAGGAUGUAGUCCGAAUCACGAAUAAGAAAAUUGUUUUGGUCCGAGCCCAUUUGAAAGCGGCUCAUGAUCGACAAAAAUCAUAUGCAGACAAAAGAAGGAGACAAAUUGAGUUUCAAGUUGGUGACAAAGUUAUGCUAAAAGUAUCUCCGUGGAAGGGGGUUAUUCGGUUCAGAAAAAGGGGAAAGUUAAACUCGAGGCUUAUUGGGCCAUUUAGAAUCAUCGAACGGGUUGGUAAGGUCGCAUACCGUCUCGAACUACCCGAGGAGUUGAGUGGGAUACAUAGCACGUUUCACGUAUCACAUCUCCGGAAAUGUCUAGCUGAUGAAACCGCUUAUAUCCCCCAAGACGACAUUGAGGUAGAUAAUAGUCUCAACUACGUAGUGAAGCCGGUUUCGAUUCUAGAUCGUAAGGUAAGGAGUUUGAGGAACAAAGAAAUUGACCAAGUGAAGGUCAAAUGGGAGCACAGAAAAGGUUCGGAUACCACAUGGGAGUCCGAAGAAGAGAUGAGACGUCUCUACCCUACACUAUUCGUAUGCAUGCUUGACAUGAUGGAAUCGAAAGGUGUGAUUAUAAUUGGCGAAAAUAACAAGUUAUGA